AUGCACCGUAUUUGCAGAUUAUGGCCAAUAAAAGUUGAUUUUUUAUUACCACAUCAAAAACAUCAAAAUUAUCAUUACCGUCGACAGUCAUUAUAUGAUAAUAUGCAACAUCGUGUUUCUUUAACUCAUCUUGUUAUGAGACGUUUAAGUAGAACAAGUGACUAUACAAAUGGUGGAAUGUUUCAUAGUGUUGCAAAUGUUAUUCCAGCUAACAGUCCAAAUGGAAAUGUCUAA